AAGGUGGCAACACUGAUUAUUUGUUUAUUUUUGUUGUUCAGUUUGCUUUAAUUGGUUUAAAUCAAAGAGUACUUUUUAUAUGUUUAAAUUAGAUUUUAACAUUGGGAAAUAGUUACGGAUAAAAAAAAUAUAUUUUUUUAGUUAUUUAAUAGGUGUUCUGUGUAUUUUAUCAGUAAAAACAAAUACCUGACUUCGAGAAUGAUUUCUCAAUUACAGCACACGAUCGGCUUAUUAUGCUUGUCAUCCCUUUAUUAGUUUUUUUUUAUUAUUUUAACAAUCCUAAAAUAAUAAUAAAAAAUACCUAACUAAAGAUGGAUAAUACAAAAACAGCAAAAUGCACAUUGCACUUUUUUCCUCAUUGGUGUUACCAAGAACAUUAUGUAACCUGAUAAGAAUACAGCAAUGCAGAAUUAACACAACAGGAGUUGCUAAUGAAAAUCAAAAAACAGAAAAAACUAUAAACCAAGUCACUCUCCUGGGCCGAGUUGGUGCUGAUCCUCAAAAACGUGGGUCAGAGGAGCAUCCUGUUGUAAAUUUUCCACUAGCAACUCAUUUUAGUUAUAAGUAUGAGUCAGGAGACAUAUUGCAAAGAACUGACUGGCAUAGGGUAAGUAUAUUUAAACCAGGACUUCGAGAUACAGUAUACAAAUAUUUAAAAAAGGGUCAAAGAAUUUAUGUUACUGGAAAAUUGUCUUAUGGAGAAGUGAAAAUGGAUGAUGGACAAGUUAGAACUGCUUCAACAGUUAUUGCAGAUGAUGUGAUAUUCUUCCAAAAUCCCCCACCAGAAAUCUGAAUUUAGAGCUAAACAUAAUUAAAUUUUAAGAUUAAUUACAAAUUAAAAUAUAAUUAACAAGAUUGUUGUUUUACUUUUCAAGGACUAACCUUUAAGAUGGGUAUGCAUAAGACUGUCUUUUUCGUUGGUUAAUAAUAAUUUACUUCUAUCUAUUCUUUCACUAACAUCAGCUUACAUAAAUUAUGUGGUACAUAGGUACCUAUUAUUUUUGGUAUUUUAUAAUUUUCGUACACACACUGGUUUCUAUUCAGAAAUGAAAGAUUUGUCAUAGGCAUUCAGCAGUUCAUUAAAUUAUGUCCACAUUUUAUAUACAAACUGUAAAAUUACACCCAUCGAUAUCCGUGAUUACACCACACGCCCCCCUCCCUCCUCCAGUGUAAGUAGGUUCUACUGUUGUUGUGACAGAAAAUUGAAUCAACUUUUUAAAUCCAAUAUCCCACCUUAUCACAGCCUGAAGCCAAAUAACCCACCUUCUGGAACCCUGGAAGUUUUACUUCCAUAUUUGAACUUAGAAAGGGUAAGGCAGGAAUAAAUCAUUCAUAAAAAUUAUUUAUGCACUUUAUUACUUCUCAUACCAAUGUUUUGAUUAAAAUCUUGCAUUAUCUCUUGACCAGGACAGUAUUGUAUUGUUGUAACAGUAUGCUGUCUUUGUCCAGUGGUGCCCUCUAUUGUAGAAUGAAAAUAAGGUUUUCAGAGUAGUUUAUAUCAAAGUGUUGCAAAUAAAUAUACAGGAAUUCCAUUAGAUGUCGCCUUAGUGAGGAUUCCUAUUUUAUAUAGGUAUUUGUUAAAGCAGUUGAUAAUAGAAUAGGCUAAUAUUAUAAUAUUAUAGCUUGUUCUUCCUAUUCGGAUUUGACACUGCUGACAAAAAGUAGAAAUCUAAGCGGGUCAAUUAUGCUUUAGUGAUAUAAUCCUAAUGUCCUUAUGAUGUUGAUGCCCAGUUGACAUUGUUUUUAAAUGGUAUUAUGAAACAUUCCUAUGUCACAUCAAGAUCAUAUCAAUAUCUUAAUAUAUCCUGUAUCACAUUUUUGACGUUUAUGCGAUACUGUUUUAAGUCAAAAAGUUGAACGUAAUACGCAUUUCAGUUGAUAUCAUUUGAAAGAGUUGAUCUUAAUACGCGUAAGUUGAUGUCAUUUUGAUAUCGCAUUUUUCGGAGAGCAUAAUACGUAAUGUGAAAUUGACAUCAGAACAAUAUCACUAUUAGCGAGCUUAAUUGGCCUGCUGUAUAUAUUUAUUUUAUUUAAAUCGAUCGCUAGAUAAAACUUUUUGAUCGGAUAUUACCUACUAUGACUAUGACUCUGUUAGAUGAGCUACUUACGUGGCGGUUACAUUUACGCAAAAGCAAUAGUACUAGUUAAUGAUUUGUAAGCACCACGAAUUAUGUAGGUACUGUUUCUUUUUAGAUACCAAUAACUAUCUUAUAUGUCUCGAUGUCGAUUCUAGCAUGAUUCUGUAACUUUUAAAACUAAAUUUAACAUAAGUAUCUCCUUUUCAUUCUCUAUAGAGAAUGAGAAGGGCACACUGUUGUCAAAUUUAAGUUUACAUAACCCUGCCAGAAUCGAUACCAACAUCUACCUAUGUUAGGGCGACCGUUAACAGCUCAUCGCUUCAUUUAAACUACUUAGCUAUGUAGGCAUAAUUUUAUUGAUACCUCACAUCGAAUAUAUAGAAUUUGUAAAUGAAAUCGAAAUUUAGGUCAGGGGUCAAUCGCACUAAUGUAAUAACAAUAUUAAAUAAAAUGAGGAUGAGGUAAUUGAAAACCUUAGGCGGUCAGAAAUAACAAAAUAAUAGCGUAAGCGAUAGCCAUAGCGACUUCGUUAGGCGAUUGCCCCCAGGGGGUCAACGCUCAUUGCAAAAGAAAAAAACGAGUGCGAGGCAUUACAAAACCUUCAGCGGUCAGAAAUAAAAAAAAAAACGCCAGGUCCCUCGGCACAGCCUUUAGCCGCCCUUCGCAGCCCGGGUCGUGGCCAUUUUAGCCCAAGGAUAAAAAUAGGACCCUGAUACACUGAUAGCUACUAAGAAUGGGCAGUCGCAGUCUUGUAACUUCCAAUAAGUAUCAGGAAUAUCAAUAGAUUACAAAAUUGAUAAUAGAAGUCGUAAAAAAUUUUUUUUGGAAAUGUUUAUUGGGCAGUUUUUCCUAUGAUCAUUAUUUCACUAUUAAAUACCUAGCUAGCUUUAAUUCUCGUUUACAAUGAGUAGAUGAUGUUCGUAAGAGCGUAGAUCUAGGUUGCAUUUCAAACUUGAAAGAAAAUAAUAAUCGAUUAAUACCCUCGAAUUGAUUUAUUAUUUGUCAUUAUGCAUCUUAUAAUUACAGAUCUUUAUCUGUAAUAAAGACCGGAGACGAUUGGUACUUUCUCUAUGAAGAGAACUAAACUUGCAUAAUUCUCAUUUUUAUUAAUUUCCACCUGUUACAUAGGAUAGGACAUUAUUUUGAAUUCUCAUCAACUAAGGAAUCUCAAGAUCAAGUUGUGGGUAAAGUAGGUUCCACCUUUUACACUAAUAAAAAUAAAUCUUUGGUACGUCUUUCAUUUUGUCUUUUUGAACUGAAACUAUAAAUUCACUUAGUUCGAAUACAUUUUUUGUUGAACUUACACAAAAUGCAAGAUCAAAUAAAAUAAAACUAUUUAUGGGAUAACAUUAUUCUCAUUUAUUUAAAGUUAUAAUAAAUCUGACACAAUUUAUAAGAAACAAAAUGUUUUCUAUAUUGUGUUCAACACGCUGGAACUUAUGGCAUGCACUCGCCGAAAUAGAAAUUAUUGUAAAAAUACAAACUCAGUUGUAAUUCUUACUCAUAUACUAGGUACUUUGAUAAAGCUCCACUUUGUUUUACAAAUCAUACAUACACUCUCUUUACAGUCUGUUUUUUAUCCUAUUUUAAAACUAGACAUAGUUAAUAUUUACAAUGUUCCUAAUUAAUUAACUCUAUGACAUUUACCUAUAUUGAUAAAAGAGAUCACAGAAAAUUGUAGCUGGAAAUCUUUGAGUAAAAGCCCUAGCAUACUCUAUUUCUACCACUUUAUAUCUUUAUCACAGUGGACGUUUUCUUGUAGAUUUCAAGGCAUUUUUAGGUAGAAGAUUGUUCGUCAUUAUUGUCUUUUGUCCCAAACACCAUAGCAGCCAAGAUAAAAAAAACAUUAGUUUACAAGGUCUAUUUAAUAUAAGAAGCUGCUAGAUUUUGACUAUAUCCAUGCAAAAAAUGUAUACUCUAGAAUGAAAUGUGGUAGUAUUUCUUACAUAAAAUUACUGCGUUACUCAUGCUACAAUUAAAACGAUUGGCCAAAAUAAAACCAUGGAAGACGAUAUUUAUAAGUUUCACUAAUAACUCCCCAGCAGGAGUUGGUUCUGAUAGUUUUCUUUUAACAAUUUUAUAAUCUAUUAUUAUCUUUUCAGCAAAAUUAAUCAAAGAUAUAAACACAUAUAUAACUAAUUAAAUUACAAAAUGCAUGAAUGAGCGCGUGUACAAUGUAUAUGCACGCACAUACACUUUUGGCAACUUUUGAAAAUCUGCUACUGCUAGAUAUUGGCAGUUAUUUCAAUGUUCCAUUGCACAAAUAUAAAAUAGUCCUAUGACUUAACACACAUAAACUCUUGUCUCUUUUUAUAACUAUUUGGGUAAUUGACACUAUCGAGUAAAAUCACUUGGCACAAAGGCAUCAUUUUAUGUCCAGACCCUGUUGAACUGCACAAAUCUAACUAAAUCUGUCAAAACCUCUCAGUAUGAUAAUUUGCAUCGUAAGUUGUUAAAAUUGGUUCAAUAUUCGGUGCAAAUUUUCAGGAAGACUUUUCUAUCAUAAUAAAUGAUCUGAGAAGACUUUGACUAUAACUUAGUAGGUGGAGUCCUUGCACAUUAAUACUACUAUACACAUAAAGAAGCAUUGCACUGCAAAUGUCUCUCUUUAUUAAUGGUUGAUGAUCAUUGUUCACAUUUCUCACUUCUGAGAUUUAGCGCGUAACUUUCUGUACUAUAUUCUGGUUCACGUUUUGGUAUCAGAUUAUCCCCGAUAAGGGCACUGAUACGGUGUUUGUCAUGUUGCGAUGGAAUAUUUCCGGGAUCAGGCCGUGCACGUUUCCGCCACGGUUCUGAUGCUCCCAUACUCAAGUCUGUUGGCAUGUCUUCGUCUACGGGCUCGUCUUCACAGCGUUCCUCUUUCAUUUCCGACUUCACAAUUGGCUGUUGCGGAACUCUUGUGGGGCUCAUUUGUUGACGCAACAGAGAAAUGUUCUUGAUAUUUUUCAACUCAGUGGGGUUCCUCAAAAACCUAAAAUAGAGCAAAUAAAAAUGUGAGUUUAGCAAUAAGUUUACAGUUGCUUAAAAGUCACAAAUAUAAAUUAUUAAUUCAGAAAAAUAUACUGAUACGUACUGGUAGCAGUGACGCUCGCCCUGCACUUUUCGUAGAAUGUUGACACGAUAAUAAUAUCUUAGAGCGCGUGACAUCUUAUCGUAGUUCAUCGACAGAUGAUUUUUUUGAAUUCCCCAAAGUUUAGCAAGCCCAGCCGGAUCUACAAUUUUGAAGACGCCUGUAUCUCUAUUCUUCCAGGCGAUGUAAUUUGUGUAUCGUUGUGUAGGAUCAUUUAGAAGUUGCUGUAAGAAGUCCCAUAAGAGUCUGCCAUCUGAAAGAAUAGUUAGAAUGUUAAUAAUGGGUCCUCCUUAUUGUCUUUUAUAUUGACAGCGGUGCUGAUUGGCAUGAUUCUGUAAACUUCUCUCCUUUCCAUUCUGUAUAGAGCUCGACGAUGAUACACUUGUCAAAUUUAAGUUUACGAGUAUGUUUAGAGAAUCAUGCCAGUAUCGCCACCAAUACUUUUAAGUUUAUUCUGUUCAAUACUUACUUGUAUUUGAUUCGGGCAUAUCAUUAGGAAAGAAUUCUCUGUGUUGCGCACGGUAGUGAGGAUGUUGAGCUGCGUGAGAUUGUGGUGCAGGACUAUUAAGAGGGGCUUCUUUAGGCGAACGUGGAGGCGGUGCAAAUUGAGCUUCUUCAUCUGAAUCGGAAUGGUUGCUCCCAGAACUUGCAGCUUGCGUUGUUGCGGGAACAGGAGGAGCGUAAGCCGUCACAUAGCUCAUUGAUUCUCCACGUUGCGGGCUGCCCGAACUGUCCACCGAAGGAGCCGGACUUAAGGUAACGGAAUUAGGUUGUGCUGCGGCGGCAGCAGCACUAUGAAAAUGAUGAAAGCCGUCGACUGCCCAUGUAGGGGUAGGUGGGUGGGAGUGAGGGGAGGGAGGGUAUGGAGCCCCACGCGCUGUUGGCGUCACAGGUGACGAAGGAACUCUUCCUAAAAGUGCAGCAUCACGCACUAACAUUUGGAAGAGAUCCAUGUCAAAGUUGGGCAAGUCAAAUUCUCUUUCACACCAUUUUAAAAAUACGACUACGUCUUCUCUUGUCCAGAGUCUUGGUUCUGGAGGAAGGCCUGCUGGAAGUUGAGCUUUGGUAUCACCAAGCGGAGAAGGUGGUGGUGGUGCCCAUGGAAGGGGGUACCGCCACAAAAGUUCCGUUGGGCUAAAUGGCAGCGGAAGCCGCUCCAUACUUGGCCCAGACGGCAGUUGUAAGCUUACUACUUUCAUUACGACA